AUGUUCUGUCAGGUCGCUGCUGUCGACUCCGACCAUGACUCCGACCUCGUUGCUGUCUUCCCGUUCAAGUUCGAUGAUGAUAUCACUAUUGCCCACUUGAAAGAGUUUGCCACCAACGCGAUACCCAUGCAACUUAAAAUGCGUGCUCAGGGAGUCAUUAUUCACGGAGUCGUCAGUUGUGCACCCAUUGUAUCAACCCAAAAUGUUUUGUUCACGAAAAGGACCCUCAGCGGGAUGCGUACCAUUAAUUCAACAUUGAUUGAGCAAGAUUGCACCUUCUUGCUCGAUGAAUUCAAGCUCUCUGAUCUUCAAGCUAUAUGGAAUGAUCUCCCGCCUUAUUCAGUCUUUUUAAUUGUGCUAUGCAGCAUCAAUGCCUCUGGCCCUCUUGCUUCCAUCGAAGAGGAAGAGAGAAGCAGACCCCUGAGUCCGUUCGUCCGAAUCGCGGAUUCUAUCAGGCGGAGGACCGGUAGCCCAUCCGACGAAGCCAAGAACGAUGCACUGUGCAGGACGCAGCAACUGUCACGGAUUGAAGCAAUAUACAAUGGUCGCCCGGAUACCCUCACCGGCCCUUCUAUAUCCAUCUUUCAUCCAAUCUUCCAAACCUUUAGGGCUCGUCUCUCAAAACCCUUCAAGAAUACCGACUACUCUCGACAAGACUUUCGAGCCGCUGACACCCUCCUCCGGAAGGCUGCCGCGUAUUAUGCUGACGAGAAUGACCGUCGCGCUGCACUGGAACACCCUAUUGCGCAUUUCCUUGGACGUGGGGCCGUGACCUCGACGCACCGACGUAGUGGCCGACAAACUUUUAUACCUGAUGGAUCUCUGGAUGUCAAGUGUGGUCUGUUUGGAGAGGAAGAUCCAGGACUAUGGAAGAUGUGCAAGGAGCUCACCGAAAUCAAGAACGGUGCCGGUCUUGGUGGUUGUGACCCGAUGGAGCAGAAUGAAAAGGAUUUUGUCUUGGUUUGUAUUGCUCCUGAGCUAAAGGCUCUUCGUCGAGUUUCAUGCAUGCCUGCGUUUCUCAUAGCCAUUCCUGGGCAUUCUAUCUCAAUUUCCGGUGCCAUCUACCUUGAUGGUGUUGUCUCCGGGAACCUUCUGCAUUAUUUUCCAUUGGUACCCCCCAAUGCUUCGAGCUGCGAAAUCCAGGCUGGCUACCCUUCGUAUCGUGAUCAGCACGUCGGGUUACUUGUCCACACUCUUAGGGUUCUUAGAGGGUGCCUGGACGAACUUGACCUGUACUACGGUCAAAUGGAGCCACUUGAUGUGGACAAGUUUCCACUGCUUCCCGCCCCCCACUUCCAGACUUUCACUCCUCCAAUCUCUGGUCCUGUGCAGCUGAGAUACCUUGAACGUUGCAAUACUCACUUUACUCGCAACCCACAGGCAGUUUUCCUUGCAGAGGCGACUGGUGGUUUUCUACAGCAACCCACCAAUUGCAUUGUCAAGUUUACGGCCCAGUAUUGCAAGGAAGCACAUGAACUAAUGUUUGAUGAGGGUGUUGCUGCCCCGCUAUUCCACUGCAAAUGGGAGGAGUCUGUUGGGAUGUAUGUUGUCAUCACCAAGUAUCUGGAGGAAUCCGAAGGUGCUUCCCUGUCCCCUGAAGGGCUUGAUAAGCUCCGGAAGGCACUGAAGAUGUUGCACCAGAAGGGAUUUGUUUAUGGUGACCUACGGACACCAAACAUCAUACUUGAUACCAAUGGCCAUCCCCGUCUCAUCGACUUUGACUGGAGCGGUGUCGCGGGUGAAGUGCAGUAUCCGGGCAAUCUCAACAUGGAUGCUGGCUUCCCAACAGGCGUGAAAGGCUGUGACUUCAUCACAGCCGAGCAUGAUUGGGUUAUGCUGAAGAAGUAUGAAGAGUCUUUCACAAAAAAGGGUUAA